AUGAAUCCCACUCUAUUCGCGGCUAUCUUUUUGUCACUGGCUAUUACAGUUCAGAGCGCGAUAAACGACGCCUGUACCGUAAAAGGCCAGCCCGGUAUCUGCAUCACAACAAGCGCUUGCAGUAGCGCCGGUGGCACCUCCACUGCAGGGUUCUGCCUCAAGGACCCAGCCAAUAUCCGAUGCUGCACCAAAAGCUGCAGUAACGGCGGCACCUGCCGCUUCACCGCCACCUGCGCCAGCGGAAACACGCUCUCAGGUAACUUUACUACGACUAGCCCACUCCUCGGGGGUCGCUGCCCCGGCCCCUCCAACUUCAAAUGCUGCCUCCCGGGGCCCCGAGACUCCAAGCCAUGUCCCGGCACCACCGUCAACGCACGCACAGUCCGCGAAAUCAAAUCCUCCGAAGGAUUCGUCAAAUCCCCCGCCCCAGACCCCAUCGGUCUCCCCACCGUCGGCUACGGGCACCUCUGCAAAACCAAAGGCUGCGCCGAAGUCCCCUACAAAUUCCCCCUCACCGAUGCCCAAGCCACUUCCCUCCUCAAAUCCGAUCUCAAGACAUUCCAAAACUGCAUCUCGAAGGACCUCCGAGAUACAGUCAGGUUGAACGAGAACCAGUACGGCGCAUUGGUCUCGUGGGCAUUUAACGUUGGAUGCAGGGCAACGGGCAGUUCGACGUUGAUUGCGAGGUUGAACAGGGGUGACAAUCCGGCCAAGGUUGCGGAAGAGGAGUUGCCCAAGUGGAAUAAGGCCAACGGGAAAGUCUUGCAGGGGCUGGUCAAUAGGAGGAAGCGGGAGAUUGCAAUGUUCAAAACACCCUCGAAAGUCAUCCAUCAUCCUCCCAAGUGUUAA